AUGUCAGGAGACUCCGGGUUAUCUCCUUCUACUGGAGCUUGCGUAGAAUUACGCCGCAAUCGAGCCGUCCAGGAAUUAGCUGAGGAUGGUGGAGAAGUGCCAGAGAGCUACAUAUGCAAAGAAACACCAAAUGGAGAUGGCGUUGCUGCCCCUGUCCCGUCAAUGGACGUUCCAAUUAUUGAUCUGAAGCGUUUGUUAACUUCAUCUGAAGAACUGCAGAAGCUUCAAUCAGCUCUCAUUUCAUUGGGUUGCUUUCAGAUCAUAAACCAUGACAUACAAUUUGGUUUGCUGGAUGAACUGCAUGAAAAUAGCAGAAAGUUUUACAAGCUUCCAACUGAAGAAAAGCAGAAGUACGCCAGAGGACAAAAUGACAUUGAAGGAUAUGGCAAUGAUAUGGUUCUUUAUGAGAAUCAAACUCUGGACUGGACAGACAGGCUUACCCUCUUAAUCCAUCCAGAAGAUAACCGGAAGCUUCAUGUUUGGCCUCAGAAUCCCAAAUCCUUUAGGGAAGUACUGGAAAAGUACGCAUCGAGCCUGAUAAUGAUACUAGAUAUUCUCCUCAAAUCCAUGGCAAAAGCACUGGGUCUGAUGGAGAACAGUCUUCUUAAUGCACAUGGAAAGACACCAACUUUGUAUGCUAGGUUCAACUUGUAUCCGCCAUGCUCGAAACCUGAUCUUGUUCAGGGUUUGAAACCACAUGCCGAUGGAUCAGCAAUUACAAUUCUCCUGCCGGACAAGGAUGUCGAAGGCCUUCAAUUUCUCAAAGAUGAAAAGUGGGUUGGAAUUCAAACCAUUCCUCAUGCUCUUCUAGUUAACAUUGGCGACCAGAUGGAGAUCAUGACCAAUGGGAUUUUCAAGAGCCCAAUUCACAGGGUUAUGACCAACUCAGAGAAAGAAAGAAUCUCUGUGACAGUGUUCAGCACACCAAGAUUUGGAGAUGAGGUAGGACCAGUAGAAGAGCUGAUCAAUGACACAAGGCCUAGGCUAUACAAGACUGUGAACGACUACGCUCAUACUUAUUUCAAGUACUACCAACAGGGAAAGAGACCAAUUGAAGCGGUCAAACUGUACUAA